AUGGUGCUGAAUGUGUAUCAAGUUGAUCAAAACGAGUUUGAGGUGAAGGAUGAAACUAUGAAGUAUGUUGUUGAUUUAGAGAAACGGCAUUGCACUUGUAAUGUUUUUGACAUUGACAAGAUUCUCUGCAUUCAUGCAAUUGCUGUUGCUAAGUAUAUUAAGAGAGAUGAAAACCGUUACAUUGAUACUUCUCACUUGACCGAAACGUGGGCUAAAGCCUAUGCCGAAAGCAUACACCCUGGUGGAGAGUUGUCAACGUCCACCUAUCCAGCGAAUAUUGACGAACUGUCUUGCCCACCUCCAGCUACCAAAAAGAGAAAUGGACGUCCUCCUACAAAGAGAAGGAGAUCCGUUGGCGAGUUUGGUGUUCCUGGAUCUAAAUCUCAGUCCCACAAGUGCAGCAGAUGUGGCAUAGGAGGACACAACAAGAUCACAUGCAAGAGGCCUAUAGGAUGA